UCUAGGUUAGUUCAAAGUGUAAUACAACGAACUAUCGAUACACCGAAAACGAGUCAAGAUGGAUACAUAAAAUGGAGACAUCGUGGAUUACCCAAAUUGGGACGACGAUAGGACAUUUCACUUUCUUUCGCAAUAUUUCUGAUCAUGACUCAACCACUAGGAAAGGGGAUUGCUUACUCUCAGCCACGUUUUCGCUUAUGCUUAGUCAAGUGAGGAUUCCAUUCGAAGUAACGUAACAGGAGCACCAUCUUCAAAACUUCUCGGGAUCCGGAGUUUUUCGAUAAAAGGUCCCAUCCUUCAAUAUCAUGAUUGGGUCAACCAGGCCAGAUCAUAAGUGAAAUAGUUUGAUCGGGUCGACCAGGUCAGGCCCGAUCAUGAGUGAAUAGAAAAUCGAAAACGUACAUAGCUGUUCCAGCGGAAAUACUUUGUUUAAUUCUACCACUUCUACUAGGAGUAGCCUUUUUAGUGCUAGCUGAACGUAAAGUAAUGGCUUUUGUGCAACGUCGAAAGGGUCCUGAUGUAGUGGGAUCGUUCGGAUUGUUACAACCUCUAGCAGAUGGUUUGAAAUUGAUUCUAAAAGAACCUAUUUCACCAAGUAGUGCUAAUUUCUCCCUUUUUAGAAUGGCUCCAGUGGCUACAUUUAUGUUAAGUCUGGUCGCUUGGGCCGUUGUACCUUUUGAUUAUGGUAUGGUAUUGUCAGAUCCGAACAUAGGGCUACUUUAUUUGUUUGCCAUAUCUUCGCUAGGUGUUUAUGGAAUAAUUAUAGCAGGUUGGUCUAGUAAGACGGGGGGCGGCCGUUCGGUCGCCUAUGAUAUACGGACCAAUUGGUCCAAAAUGGGUUUGUGCCGCAGGUGUUGAACGAUCUACUCUACACAGGUGUGGGCUUACAGGGCUAGGGCUCAUAAACCCUUUCUUUCAUUCAUCAAGGGGUCGGUCACUUUUCCGGGCCGGGAUCGAGAAGUGGAAGUCAUAAAAAAGAGAUGUUUCUCUUCGCACCUCAUAUCAAGAGGAAAGGUAGCUUGUCAAGCUGGUCUCACUAUUGGAAAUUCUAGCUUUCUUUUUUUUUUCACCGGCUCUUCUUCUUUGUCAACGCUACUAAGGACCUGACGGUUCGCCUACUUGAUGGAUGAAAGAACAUGAGAAAGGGUUCUAAAAUAAAAGGCUAGAAAGUCUACUACAGUACAGUCAAAGUCAGCGGCUGAGUUUGCCUAGCCUCGCCUACUCAUUUUUGUAGGCGAGCGAGUUAGCGAAGAGGCUUAGGGAUAAGAGAGUGUCGGUGCGUACGUAGCCUUCAUUCUACUACGCUACACAAAGUCACUUAGCUCGACGUUAAUUAAGAGAGUAAAGGAGGAAUACCCUACAUAGAAGAACCACAGUUCGCUUACAAAGGUAUAACCUUUAGCUCCCCGGGGCUAAGCUGCUUCGCACCACUGAUAGUUAAUUAAGAUUCCAUUUCAAAGGCGCUACUUUGUUUCGCAAGCCUUUGUCAUUGUCAGUCAACUAAGGUUGGCCCUCGGCCCCCUGCGAAUCCGUAAAUCAGAGAGCAUGCCACAAAAAAAAGGAUGGUC